GUACGCGCUUUACGUUCCGCAGACACGCGCAAUGAUAGCCGGAAGCAUCGAUGGGAGGAAAAUAAAAAUCGAUUAAAUCCACUGUAAUUCGCGAGUGUAAACCUUUCACUUACUGUCGUUUUUGCGACCGUAGGCUCGUAUUUCUCAGUCUUUUCCUUUGCAGCUGUGCUGGAGGGGCCGGCAGAGAGCAGAAAUCUGCUUCAUUUGAACGAAGUUGCUCGGUAGGGUUUAGCUGACGUGUGGAGAAGUUGAGACUGCCAGAGAGCAGAUAAACAAAUAUAAACAAGCAGGGAUCAGCUGAGCGCCUGUCCGAACCGAAUCAGCAGCACGGAGAGAUGGCAGGGAGAGCGAGACUCCUCUUCUGAGCCCAAGAAUGAUCCACAGGAGACCGUGACUUACAUUAUACUUGCUCCAUGUCAACUGUCAACACUGGCACACAAAGAAUUUCGGAAACACAACACGAGGACCAGCCAUAGGCUUUAGCAGAAAAUCCACUGCUCCUGUCCCUGUCUCUUUGUCAAGACAUAGCCAGGUUAGCAUGGACAGCCAAUGAGUUUACCCUCCACUUCUCAGCUGUAACGACACGAACACACAUUACAGUGCCAGGAGACGGAGGAGUGGAACUAACAUGGCCCACCAGGCAACCCCUAGUUCCCAGAAGGCCCUGAUGAUGGAGCUGAAGUCUCUGCAGGAGCAGCCGGUGGAGGGUUUCCGCAUCACUCUGGUGGAGGAGUCUGACCUCUACAACUGGGAAGUGGCCAUCUUCGGACCCCCGAAUACCCUGUAUGAGGGCGGCUACUUUAAGGCUCACAUCAAGUUCCCAGUCGACUACCCGUACUCCCCACCAACCUUUCGCUUCCUCACUAAGAUGUGGCACCCCAACAUUUAUGAGAACGGAGAUGUGUGCAUCUCCAUCCUGCACCCUCCUGUUGAUGACCCACAGAGCGGCGAACUGCCCUCUGAAAGGUGGAAUCCCACCCAGAACGUCAGGACCAUCCUGCUUAGUGUGAUCUCUCUGCUCAAUGAGCCCAACACGUUCUCUCCAGCCAAUGUGGAUGCCUCUGUUAUGUUCCGUAAAUGGAGGGACAGCAAAGGCAAGGAUAAAGAGUAUGCAGAGAUAAUCAGGAAGCAAGUUAUGUCAACAGCAGCGGACGCUGAGCGCGAUGGCGUCAAGGUGCCAACCACAUUGGCGGAGUACUGCGUCCAGACCAGGGUUCCCUCUCAGGACAGCAGUUCAGACCUUCUCUACGACGACCUCUACGACGACGACAUGGAGGAGGAGGACGAGGACGAAGACGAGAGCGAGAUGGAGUCUGUAGGUGAAGCCGGCGGGAUGAGUGCUGUGGAGGACGGCGGAACGUCCACCAGACGUUACGACAACCAGGACGACUCUGGCAACGAAGACUCAUGAUGAUCUGGAUGAUAAAUCUUCCCUGCCAACUCCCUCGCCACUGUCCUUCUUUUUUUCAGUGUGCGUGCGUGCGUGUGUGUGUGUGUGUGUGUGUGUGUGUUUGCACAUACAGUGGGGUCAGAAGUCUACUGCCAAAAACUUUUCAUCAUUUAUUAAACUAAUACUUAGUGUUUGGUCAAAUAAUAGUUCUCAGACGCUGUUACAUAGCUUUUCAGCAGAAGUUCGUUGGUACUGUUUUCACUGAAAGUCAGAAUUUGGCGUUUCCACCAUUUGCCUUAAUUACAGCUUUGCACUCUGUCUGGCAUCAAAUGUUUUGCAGAGUUUCAAAGUUGAAUUAUUCCAGCAUUGUUUCAGAGCACCUGGGAGUGUUUUUGAUAAGUUUUGAAAUGCUCCACUGAAGAAUUCGAGGAUCCACGAUGAUGAUGAUGAUAACGUGCUUCUGCAGAGUCAGUGUAAGUUACUGACUCUAGACAAAGCAAAAUAUCCCCACGCCUGAAUAUUUACAUGACUGUAUUCAACUCUAGCUUUUAAUUCCUGUUUUUGUAACUCUCUUGUGCAACCAAAUCCUCACUUGCUUUAAGUUGUUUGGUUGCAGUCGUGAAGUUAACCAUUUUUAUUUAAUUUCUUCAGUCUUCAUCACUGAAACAUCUGUAUUGUUCAGGUCAGCCAUUAGACUUUAAAUGGAAUAGUUUGGUCACUUCUGCAGUUUAUUUUCUUUUACCUGUUUGUCAGCUGGAGCUGGCUUCAUAUUCUUUAUGCAGGCACGGCUUGGUUUUAUUGCAACAUUUAUGCGUUGUUCAUUGGUAUUCAGAUGGUAAAGGUCUGAAUGACAACAGUUUGGUUUUACGAAAGUCUUUCCAGUCUGCGAUUUACUGCAGAAAACAAUGAGGCUCCAAAUUGCUUUACAUUGUCUGUUGACUUACGAGUACCAACAGAAACAGUCAGGACGUUGGCUCCAUUAAAGGCCGUUAUGAUGUAUACUGUGCAACGGGAGCUUCUAUAUGUUCGUAUUUGAAUCAUGCCGUGUUGAAGGUCAGGCUAAAUCUUCCACUACGUCAGUAUUUCAUUUACUGAGCUGCACUUCCCAAAGAUACAACCGAUACUUGUAUCAGUUCUGAAUAAUGCAUUAUUUAUUUAUAACCACUCUCUGAGUAAGCAUUUUCUUAGUUCUGAUAAAUGAUGAAAACAAAUUGUUCUCGUGGUGGUCUCUUGAACCCCACUGUAGCCGGUUGGCUCGCGGUCUGGCCAGUCAUGUCGGAUUGUAAGAUUGGAUCUAUCCACUGUGUCUUUCCUUGUUGUUUUUCUAUGUUUAUUUGGUUGACACUGUCCUCCCUGACUUGUCUCCUGUAUUUUCUGGGAUGGCUCAGACAGUCUGGCAUUGGGACACUUUAGCUGUUUGGCUCAUUAACCAGUCGAUGAGCUGUCCAGCUUGUCCUGUCUUUGUCAUUCAGUGCGUCCCAUAGCAGAAUAUCUCUGUCCCUCACGCCUGUCUGUUCGACUUUGAUGCAAUCAACUUAAACUUGCAAAACUUGCAAACACAGGCUCUGCCGUGACUUCACCCUCUUGGGGGACACUUUCAGUAGUGUCCAUCACAACGUCUCCCUCAUGAUCGCCUCCCCCAAAGCAACGUCCUUUGGUUAGGGGGUGAACAAGUAGAAGACUCUUUUUCUCACGUCGCCUCCUGCACCUCUCUCUGCCUCUUAAACCUCAGGGCCUCAAUAGACUUUCACUGAGAGAGAAAAGCCAGUCAAAGAGAAUCUUAAGACACAAACUGCUCCUCAUCUCCACCUCCUUUUCUUACUUUCUAUAUCACUUGGUGUUAUUAGAGGGCCAAGAAUGCUCUGAAAGUCUCCAAUCUCACUGCUAGCGUUAACACGUGACUGAGUGCUGCUGUUGGUCCCGAUUAAGGUUCUUCAAGUUGUUUUCUUUUUGGUAGAAAAGAGUCAAAUAAAGAAAAAUCGAAAUACAUCUGUAGGGACUUUCUCCUCAAGGCAAAGCUCACAUUAUGUUGCGAUAGAUGUGAAAAUGUUCCGUUUUUUGCGCCGUGACUCCAACUUCUGCUUAAAUGCAAACUAGUGAAAAUUGGACGUUGUUACUGUGCUGCACCACAUAAAGAGUCUGUUUAUCGACAGGGACAAAAUCAACAUGCAGCUUAGAUACACAUUUGCAUUUGAAUGAAUAUGACACUGAUUGCCUGUUGUCUGUGUGUGUGUGUGUGUGUUUACAUUUAGUAUUCAUAUUGGCUAUGAUGUCAGGAUUUUCCUUGUUUCUGUUUCUGUGGAAUCAGUGGGAACUUCUGUCACACGAGUUGAGUUUGCCCAAAUGACCUUUUCCACUUUGUCCAGUUAAGAAAACAUUCAGUGUGCUUGCACUUUGUCCUAGUGCUGUUUUGGGUGGCCUGAAUCGGCCAAGGAUUUGACUGGUUUUAAAAAAAGAAAAAAAACACACCCUCUGAGUAUUAAGCUUUUGAACACACUGAACAGCAUAAUGUGACUAAAAUUACUUGUGCUGCAUUGAGUACACCACACACUUUGAGCUGUGUUUUAUGAAUCUGUUGCCCUGUUCAACACAACAGAGCACCGGGGCAAAACCUGUGAUUCCAAUGGAUGGAUUUUAUGCCAAGGAACCUAAGUAAAGCCCCACAACUGUUGAUUUUAAAGACUAUGGAGCAACAGAUGCAUGUAGUGGAUUUAAUGCUGUUUGAAUAGACUCUUUAUGAGUUACCUUUUGGAUUUUAAUGUGAAGCCAAAGGAGUGAAACUUUUUCUCCUGGCCCUGUGCUUUGGAGGCUCACAGAGACUGGAUUCUGUUGAGGAUGAGGAGAGGAUAUCCACUCCUGAACCGGACUUUUAUUACAGCACAAGAGGAGGUGGAUACAUGCCAGACAUUUGGAACUUUUCUUGACGUGGUCCCCGUUUUCACCCAUCCCCCACCAUAUAGAGAAGAAGUAAAAUCAGUAGUAAGCAAUGACAAGUACCAAUCUCGUGUGUGUCUGCUAAAGGAAUAGUCGAGCAUUUUGGAAAAUAUAUGCUUUCUGAUUGUACGUUGGAUGAAAAGAUUGAUAUCAGAAUGUCUAUUAAAUAUGAGGCUACAACCAGCAGCAGGUUAGCUCAUUUUAGCAUCAAAGGUGGAGUCUGUGAUACUGGAGAAAGGUUGGUGAUGUCAGCUGGUUAGAACACUUUCAGACAGGCUCUCCUUUCUGCUAAUAUGAUGGCUUCUGAAUUUGUUGGCUUCAUGUCAUGAAAUGGCAUCUUAGUCACUUUUCGAUAAAAGUCGAAAUUGCAGUUUCACUAGGUUGGACCCAGUAACAUUUCUGUGUCACUUUGAACACAGCACAAGUCUGAACUACAUGCCGUCUCAAGAACAGAAAACGAUUUGGGGGAAGCUUUUUCCACAUUUCAACACCAAUAUUAGUCCAAAAACAUUGCAGAGAGUGCAAAAGACAUUAAGUGUGGAAAAAAAACUAAAACACAAGACACCUUCCCAUGAACGUUAACCUACAUUUUUACAUCUAUUACAAACUGGAAUGCCCAUAAAAAUAAACCUUUACUGCAAUGAAGGCAGACUCUUCCAGAUUAAUGAGAUUCAUCAAUUAUAAAUAUAACCCAGAUUUUGGCUGAAUGUUAACAGGAGUUUAUUUUGUUGCUUCCAGCUGCCACCUCUGAGGUUAUAGUUGGCUAAAACCUGCAUCAGGCAGCAGAAAGAUUCAUAUUAGCAUCUCGGAAUCAAGACAGAAGCUCAUGAAACGGCAAAAGUAGCUGUAUUAAAUCAUGUAAUUGUAAAGACAUGGAGAAGUCUAAAAGGAUCUAAUGGGAAGUCACAUUGUGUGCUUUACUUCAGAAGAGGUGAGCUGCCAUUUGUCACAAAGCAGACUUGGAGUCUUCUGAUUAUUAGUGCAUUAUUAUGCAUCAUAUCAUGUGAUGUACUGUCCAAUCUCUGACAAAUAUCGCUAGGUACUUUAGCUCUCUGUCGCUGUUGUGGGUAUAUCUGAAUGAAGCUGUAAGGAGUGUAAUUGUAAAAGUGACUUAUGCCUGAACGACAGAAUGCCAUCACUUUACCAGAUUGAUGAAGCCUGUGUCGUUACGUAGCCCAUGUCUGAAAAGGGCUUUAGAUGGAACAUGUCAGAUUUAUGCUGCUGCUCACUCCCACUGCCCCCCCUUCCUGCCAGCUCUCUUCCCUUCCCCACUCUUCUGUACAUGAGCAACAACAUGCACGGGACAUGAUGGAAUAGUGUUGUGUGGAUCAGUCUGAGCCACUUUGUUGAUUUCCCAUUUACAGAGUCAGCACUGUGGAUCUAAGUGGACUGUGAGGAGAUAAACAGUGACUUUCAUAAAAAUAGUGUUGGAUUUGAAUCACUGAUUCCACCUUUAAGACCAGAAACAGUGAAACAUCUAGUCAGCUUCAAAUUAACACCUAAGUAACACAUUAUAUCUGUUUAAAAAAAAAACCAGAAUGAGAGAUUGUGGUUUCACCUGGUUAAUGUGCUGGACUAAAAUCUGGCCAAGUGGAGCUUAUUCCUUAUUCCAGUCUUUGUGCUAAACUAAGAAAAUCAACUUGUGGCAGUAACUUGACAUUUAACAGACCAAUAAAAGUUGUAUCGAUCUUCUCAUCUGACUCUGCAAGAAGCAAAUAAGCGUAUUUACCUAAAUCAAAAUGUUAAACUAUUGCUUCAAAGCCAAGUUACUGCCUCCCAUCGCAAGUUUAGAAAUCAGAAUCCACGUUUUUGUUUUGUGAGAGCAACGUCUAGGUUUAGUGUAGCCCUUAUGAUAGCUGUUCAGUUUAAACUUCUUCAGUAUUGUCCAUUUUUAAGUUGAAAUUUCUCCUCCUGCCCUUGUUUUCACAACAGGGGCAGGUGGAGAAAAGCUCAGAAGACCUCUCUAGGGAAGACUGGCCACCAGCUAAUUUUCAAAAACUCAACCUGAGAAACGGCUCACUAAAAAGGACUGCAGUCUAAGAUGUCGAGACGUUAGCUCACACAUACCGUUACAUACAAAACCCGAAUGAAAUCAUUCAGUUCAUUUAAUCUGUGUGUGUGUGUGUGUGUGUGUGUGUGUGUGUGUGUGUGUGUGUGUGUGUGUGUGUGUGUGUGUGCGUGUGCGUGUGCGUGUGUGUGCACAAGUGUGUGUUUUUGAAGCGUUGGCCGACACUGUGCGGUCACACACUCACUGGACUGGCCUGUCCACAUUGUUACCACAACGUGUCCGCACCAAUCGAUGUUAAAGCUGUCCUCGUUGGUUUCAUCUUUGAUUUUAUUUUUGUUUUUUCCUCAUCAUUUUGUGUUUGUGAGGAUGCAAACGUCACUCAUAAAGUUUCUAUUGUAAAAAAAAAAAAAAAAAAAAAGGAAAAAACCUAAGUUGUUGGAUUUGUUUUCAAUAUUGCUUUGAUAUCUGUUGCUAAGCCCACAUGUCAUGGAAAACAGACGACAGCAAGUUUUGGACUAAGAUUAGGAGCGGUGUUCAGAUGGACAGUUGUGGUUAAGUUGGAGAAUCAUUCAAAAUAAAACAGUAUGUCAUUGAA